AUGAUGUCGUCAUCAAAGCUGCAGUAUGAACACCUCGAUCAGCAGGACCACUCCAUCCGUCUUUUGCGCCUCGUCCCAGGACGAUGGCUCGACAACAUCUACUGCGAGCUGCAAACCGUCUCGCUCGAUGACAACCCCGCAUACCACGCUCUUUCCUACGUCUGGGGUAACCCUCAAGACACAGGCCUUAUCACCGUGGAUGGUUCACCAUUCCAAGCCACCAAGAACCUGAUCACUGCCCUGCGGCGGCUGAGAUCCAGUAUCGACGUCAAGGUGUUCUGGGUGGACGCCGUGUGCAUCAACCAGCUAGACACGAACGAGAAGACAAGUCAGCUAGGGCUGAUGGCUAGAAUAUACAAGAGUGCAGCAGACGUACAGGUUUUCUUGGGCGAGAGUGGUGUUCUCGACCUCAUACCGCACGAACAACAGGCGCUGUGGGAUGAUCCGCCGCGGACGCACUGGGUUCGGGAUGCCACUAUGUUAAUUCACACAGAGCAUCCGCCGCAUAAAGACGGGGUGGGUUUUUACCACCAGCCUUUGUUUGCUCAGAGCCAUGUGCUAAAAGUUUUAGAAAACCUUAAUCAGCACAGGGUUGACCAGUUCUUCGCGAGACAGCAGGAUCCCAUGCAUGGCCGCGAUGAAGAGCUGCCACCGCUCGAAAGGUUACGACAUAACCAGUCUGGUGCCUUUGCCUUGAUGAAGAUGCUCUCAAAUGGGAGAUGUCUGAAGGUGUGUUGCCAGGGCCCUCUGGACUCACCAGCCUGGCAAGGGGCUCUCAAUGUAAUUGCCCAUGUCGUCAGCCUACCGUGGUGGUCACGAGCUUGGGUCUUGCAAGAAGCCAUCUUACCCCAACGGGAUGUCCUCGCCAUCUACGGCGAGAUCGUCGUUCCCAUAGGUCUUAUUGAAGAUUCCGGAGCCGUUCUUCCACGCCACUAUGCACGCGGUGAUUGCUGCAAGCGCUUUUGGAACUCGCUGCCUCAGGUCCAGAAAGCAACCCUCGAAAAGUUUGCCAACACCAUGGGCCAGCUAGAGGGCAUCAGACAGACAUUGAACAUGCUGAAGAUGAAGCAAAUUGAAAUGCUCAAAUAUCUGAUAGAGAAGACGCGUUUUAAAGAGGCUACCGACCCGCGCGACAAGAUUUACGGCCUGUUGGGCCUUCUCAGCAACUGCGAUGAACCCAUCGACCUGAUUCCUGAUUACCACCUCUCCGCAAACGACCUCUACACCAAGGUGGCAAUGCAAAUGAUCAGCUACACCAGAAGCCUCUCCAUUCUCCACCACCACGAGUUUCGCUCCUCCCCUCUGUGUUCAGAGUUACCAUCAUGGGUGCCAUGCUGGGGCCCAACCUACGGCUCCCUCACCCCCUUUCAAAUCGGAGAACGCACUGCCAACUUCUUGGCUUGCCCCCCUGGGCCAGGCAGGAUCCCUCAUCUUGCCAUCGACACUCCUUGCCCCAAUGCUUUGGUUGUGCAAGGGAGAUUCGUCUCGAAAGUCUCUGCCGUCACGACUCCCGCUUCCAAAGAAACGACAAGUUUAUUCAUAGACUUGCUGACCUUCCUCCAGAUUUUCUUCGACAUUGACCCCUUCUCUCUCCACCCAAUAACCCAAGAACCACAAGAGGAUGCGCUAGCCCGCACGCUUCUGUCGGACCAAGUCUUUGAGGUACGAUAUGAGUUCAAGGCUGGGCAAGUAGUGUUCAGCAGAGCCUACGCUGGGGAUAUCCAGAUGUUUCGUCUCGCUCGUCAGAUCUUGAUGGCGCAGAAGAUGGGACAGACUUUGGUGCUCACCUUGCCGAACGGCACGGUCAUAGAUGACCAGGCAAAGGCGCAUGUGGUGAUGCAUGCCGAGGAGAACUUCUGGUGUGCCAAUGAGGGGAGGGUGUUUUUCCGAACAGAAGAGGGCCAUUUUGGGUCUGGGCCGAGGGAAACAAAUGUGGGGGAUGAGGUUUGGGUUGUGUUGGGGAGUUUGGUACCUCUGGUUUUGAGAAGGGCAACAGAGGGGGAGGACGGUAGAAGGCUGGUGGGCUAUGCGUAUGUUCAUGGGAUUAUGGACGGGGAGGCUGCGCCUGGGGUGAAUGGGGAGGGGAAGAGGGAGGUAUAUUUGGUGUAG